GCCGCCGCCGUCGGAGCCGCCGCCCGCGCCGCCUCCCGGCCGCCCUGAGCCGCCGGGCCGCUGGGCGCCGCCGCGGCCGCCCGGAGCGAGCGCCGGGGAGGGAGCCGCGCGCCUUUGUGCGCGCGCCGAGACAGCCCGCUGGAGGAUUCUGACCUGAAGGACACGUAUCUCAUCCCGAGAAACAUCAUGGCUGAGCCAGACUACAUAGAUGAUGACAAUCCUGAACUAAUUAGGCCUCAGAAACUAGUCAAUCCUGUCAAAACAUCCCGGAACCAUCAAGACCUUCACAGAGAACUUCUUAUGAAUCAAAAAAGAGGACUUGCCCCUCAGAAUAAGCCAGAGCUGCAGAAAGUGAUGGAAAAGAGAAAACGGGAUCAAGUAAUAAAGCAGAAGGAAGAGGAAGCACAAAAGAAGAAAUCUGACUUGGAAAUAGAGCUAUUAAAACGGCAGCAGAAGUUGGAGCAGCUUGAACUUGAGAAGCAGAAAUUGCGAGAAGAGCAAGAAAAUGCCCCAGAGUUUGUGAAGGUUAAAGGCAAUCUCAGAAGAACAGGCCAAGAAGUGGCACAAGCCCAGGAGUCGUAGGUCCAGGCUGCAGAGACCGUGCACCAGCCCAGCGCACACAAAAAGUGUGUGCAGGGGCCUCCCCAGUACUUAACCUCAGGGCCAAAGCCCCUGGAGAGAAUCCCAGCCAGCAGAGAACUGUCACUUUGAAAAGUGUUUGGUUUUGGUUUUCCUACCAUCCGGGUUGGAUCGGUUACACCUGUGACUGUUGCAGUUCCUAUUCGCCAAAUGAAGGACGUUGCCCAGCACUUAAGUUGGGAUAAUGGACCUGUGUGUUCAAAGACUUAAAAAAUAACAACAACAAGAAAAAAAGGAAGAGGACACUGGCAUAAAUUCCUGAGAGUUGCACUACUUGGUUUUUCUUUCAAGCCAAGUUGAGUGGGGCACAGAGCCUUUUUUCUUUUCAAAUGUAAAGAAAAUGUGUUUCGUUCUUCCUUUAGUUACCCAUUCAGUAAUUUAGAUCGCGCAGAAAUGCGUUUGAUCUGUUAUAUCCACUGUUUGUAAAUUCUGUUUUCUUGUCUAUUUACACUUUUGCCCACGUUAGGCUUAACACCAGAGAAUGUUAAUAUUCAUGUUGAACACAGUUCUUACCUUUGUCGGCAUUAAGAUUCAGAAAUAGAGUGAGGAACUUUAAAAAUGUGGGAACAAAGAAAUAUAUAAACAAGACUACGUAAACGUCUGUCUUGAUCUUAUUUCCGUUCCUGUUGGUUCCCUGAUGCUUCACGGUGACCUUCUACUUCGGGGAAGGUCCACCAUAUAAAUCCAUGUAUUGCUGUGAUAACUGUUAGGGGGUUGGUUUUGUUUUAUUUUGUUGUUACGUUUCUUGCUCAGCCACACCUUUUAUGUGAAAUAAUCUCCCAGUCCUUCGAGGAAUAAAAACUAGUCCGUAUAACCCAA